GGGGUGGCCAGGGGCAGCCUCGGCACCGGCAGUCACUCCGUCUCUCGCCUCGCAGGUCUCCGGAGCGGGCGGGGCGGGCUCUACUCGGAGCCGGGCGGGCGGGCGCCAUGAAGCGCUCUCUGUUGCGGCUCUGCCAGUCGCGGGAGAAAGCGGCCGUGUCCAGCUCCUACCAGGGCGUCGUCUGCGAGGCGGAUGCCGCCUCCGUCGCCUCGCAGGAUGUCUUCAAGGUUAUUUCAGAUGGAAGUGCCUGUAGGCUACGGAGCUUCAUUAAGAAGAACCGUUCUGGGCUUACCAAAGUGGAUGACUUAAAUGCCACCCCACUGCAUCACGCUGCAGAAGGAGGACAAAUAGAAUUAAUGCAGUUGAUCAUAGAUGAUUCUUCCUGUGAAGUAUUAAACGUGAUGGAUUCAUCUGGAAAUACCCCACUGCACUGGGCCACAAAGAAAAACCAGGUUGAAAGUGUUAGUUUGCUUCUGAGCAGAGGAGCCAAUCCAAACAUUCUCAACUCCAAUAUGAUGGCACCUCUGCAUAUGGCUGUGCAGUCCCUGCAUAAUGAAAUUGUUAAGAUUUUAGUCCAGCAUAGCAGUACAGAUGUUAAUUUGGAAGGCGAAGCGGGGAACACACCUAUAACUGUAGCAUGUUACAAGGAUAAUCCUGAAGCACUGACACUCCUGAUUGAAAAUGGAGGGAAAAUAUGUAAACCGAACAAAACAGGAUGCAUGCCUAUCCAUGCAGCUGCAUUUUCAGGUGCAAAAACGUGUAUGGAAAUUCUCUUAAAAAAAGGUGAAGAAUUGGGUCACUCUGCUAAAACCCACAUCAAUUUUACCAAUAAUGGAAAGUGCAGUCCACUUCAUUUGGCAGUUCAAAGUGGGGACCUUGAAAUGAUUAAAAUGUGCAUUGAAUUUGGAGCCCAAAUUGAUCUAAAACAGAAUGAAAAAUGCACAGCACUUCAUUUUGCUGCCACUCAAGGAGCAACUGAGAUUGUAAAGUUAAUGAUGUCAUCCUAUGCUGGUGAGGAAUCCAUUAUUGAUGCUGUGGAUGGGAAUAAGGAAACUCUGCUUCACAGGACAGCAUUGUUUGAUCAUUAUGAACUGGCAGAGUAUCUGAUUUCAAUGGGGGCUAAUAUUGAUAGUGUUGACAUAGAAGGUCGAUCCCCACUUCUGUUGGCCACUUCCUGUGCGUCAUGGAAAAUUGUGAAUUUACUGCUCUCAAAAGGAGCAAAUGUGUCAUUAAAAGAUCAUCUUGGUCGGAAUUUCUUGCAUUUGACGGUAUUGCAGCCUGGAGGAUUACAGCAUCUAAAUGAGAAAUUUCUGCAGAUGGAACACAUUAAAAAUCUUGUAGUGGAUGAAGAUAAUGAAGGAUGCACUCCAUUGCAUUAUGCAUGCAGACAAGGUGUGGCCCUCUCUGUAAAUAAUUUACUCAGCCUCAAUGUUUCCAUCUACUCUAAGAGCAGAGACAAGAAGUCACCAUUACACUUUGCUGCCAGCUAUGGGCGCAUCAAUACAUGUCAGCGACUUAUAAGAGAUAUGAAAGACACAAGACUUUUGAACGAAGGUGAUAAGAAAGGGAUGACUCCUCUUCAUUUGGCAGCCCAGAAUGGUCAUGAGAAGGUAGUUCAGUUUCUUCUGAAGAGAGGGGCCCUGUUUCUCUGUGAUUAUAAAGGCUGGACAGCCCUGCACCAUGCUGCCUUCGGAGGAUACACUCGCACAAUGCAGAUCAUUUUGGAUACUAAUGUGAAGUGUACUGACAGAGUGGAUGAGGAAGGGAACACAGCUUUGCAUCUGGCUGCAAGAGAAGGACACGCAAAAGCAGUAAGGUUACUUCUUGACUAUGGUGCAAAAAUUCUGUUCAACAAAGCACUAGCUUCUUUUUUCCAUGAAGCAAUACACAAUAGGAGAAAAGAUGUAGUGUCUGCUGUAAUUUUGCACAAAAGAUGGGAAGAAGCUGUUGUGACGUUCUCUCACUAUUCUAGUGCCAAUAAGUGUCCUUUGCUAGAAAUGGUUGAGUAUCUUCCUGAUUCAUUUAAACUGGUUUUGGACAACUGCAUAAUUGAGUCUUCAGAGGAAAAGACAAGUCGAGACUUCUAUAUUGAAUAUAACUUCCGAUAUCUUCAGUGUCCCUUGACACUUAACAAGAAACUAAAGGAUGAUGAAGACAUUUUCUAUGAACCACUUACCACUUUAAACGCCAUGGUACGUCACAAUCGCAUGGAGCUGCUCAGUCAUCCCGUGUGUAAAGAAUAUUUGCUUAUGAAAUGGAUGGCCUAUGGGUUUCGAGCACAUCUAAUGAAUUUAGGCAUAUAUUCUCUCGGUCUCAUCCCACUGACUCUUCUGGUCACUCACAUACAGCCAGGAAGACGUUUGAAUGGAACAGAUACCUAUGAAGCAAGGCCAUUAGAAUAUGAGAACUCAUACUUCACAAGGGUGUGUAUGUGUUUAGUUUUAAUUAUGAGUUUACUGGGAAUCUGCAAAGAAAUAUUUCAGCUGAUUCAGCAGAAACUGAAAUAUUUGUUGGAUUACUCCAAUCUACUGGACUGGACAAUUUAUACGACAAGCAUAAUUUUUGUGUCUUCUUUAUUUAUUAAUACACCAGCUCAUUUGCAGUGGGAAUGUGGAGCAAUUGCUGUAUAUUUGUCUUGGAUGAACUUCUUGCUUUACCUUCAACGAUUUGAAAACUAUGGUAUCUAUGUUGUGAUGUUCUGGGAAAUUUUGAGGACGUUGAUACGGAUUGCUGUCGUUUUCUUUUUCCUGAUAUUGGCCUUUGGACUAAGUUUCUUUGUCCUUUUGGGUUCACAGCAAACGUAUAGCACACCUCUGCUUUCUGUAAUGAAGACAUUUGCAAUGAUGCUGGGAGACAUUAAUUACCAUGAUGCAUUCCUUGAUCCAUUACUAAGCAGUGAAUUGCCAUAUCCUUUCCUGAGUUACACAGUUCUCAUUAUAUUUACCUUGCUUAUUCCAAUCCUUCUUAUGAACUUGCUAAUUGGUUUGGCUGUUGGGGACAUAGCUGAAGUACAGAAAUAUGCUGCACUCAAAAGGAUUGCAAUGCAGGUUAAUCUUCACACCAACUUAGAGAAGAAGCUACCAUUUUGGUUCUUAAGUCGGGUGGACCAGGAAUCAAUUACUGUAUAUCCAAACAGACCAAGAUACUGUGGAUUUAUGAGUGUGUUCCAGUAUUGCUUUGGGUGUGAGGACUCUACCACAGAUGCACAGAGCACUGACACAACAUUAGAACUGGAAGUUCUGAAGCAGAAAUACAGGCUCAAAGAUAUAUCAACACUGUUGGAAAAGCAACAUGACCUCAUUAAACUAAUUAUCCAAAAAAUGGAGAUAGUGUCAGAGGCGGAGGAUGAAGACAGCAAUGAUUUGUUUCAGCACAAGUUUAGGAAAAGGCAGUUAGAACACAAGAAUAGUAAAUGGGAUACAGUGUUAAAAGCUGUUAAAACAAAUGUGCCCAACCCAAGCACAGAAAAGAACAAUAGCUUCUUCUAGACAUGGCUGUGAUAUCAUGUUGUAUUAUCAUUCUGAUUUACUUUAGGGUCACUUUUUUUCUCUUAUUGUCUGUGGU